AUGGCAAAUCGUGUGUCCGAGAUCCAGCACAUCACGAAAGGUAGUCACUGGAAACACAUUGCAGGUGUAGAGAACCCAGCAGACAUAAUUUCCCGAGGAAUGUCUCCCAUCCAACUUCAGGAUCAGCGUUUGUGGUUCAAGGGGCCUCUCUGGCUGUGCCAGGAGAAGAGUUUAUGGCCAUCCAACAAACCAAGAGAAACAAUUGAUUCCUCACUUCUGGAAGAGAAAUCAAUCAUAGCGUUACCCACGAUAAUCGAGCAGCCUAACGAAAUAUUCUCGUUGCGUUCAUCGUUAUUUGAACUGACUCGUGUAGUUGCAUUAAUAAAUCGAUUCAGACAUAAUUGUCAGCCUAACGGAAACCAACCCAAACUCACAGGAUUCCUCACACACGCUGAGCACGAACAUGCUAUGAUUAUACUGAUUCGGCUCUCCCAGAGCGAGUCGUUUGCAGCUGAGAUUUCCGCUUUGCGAAAGGGUCAUCAAAUAUCAGCCAGUUCAUCGAUUGCUACGUUGAACCCAAUACUUAUCGAUGAUGUUCUUCGUGUUGGCGGCCGGUUGAUGAACGCGGCGAUUUCCUCAGAUAGAAAACAUCCCAUUAUUCUCAGUCAUCGACAUCCACUCACUAAGUUGAUAAUGGUACAAUACCACCGAAAACUUUUUCACGCAGGGCUGCAGCUAUUGGUUUCCACCGUACGUGAAAAAUACUGGCCUACCCGUAUUAGACGACUAGCAAACACAGUACUUCACGAGUGCGUAUCCUGUUUCCGCACCAGACCGAAGGUUCUGGAUCAAUUAAUGGCGGAUCUACCAUCUGAACGUGUGUCUCCGGCUCCUCCAUUCUUGAAGGUUGGGGUCGACUAUUGUGGACCGUUCCCUGUUGUUUAUCCUGGACGUCGCGCUGUUCCAAGGAAAUCCUUCAUCGCUAUUUUUGUUUGCCUGGUGACGAAGGCGGUGCAUUUGGAGCUCGCAGGAGAUUUGACCAGUGAAGCCUUCCUUGCAGCCUUCAAGCGAUUUAUAGCCCGUAGAGGAAAACCUGCUGUAGUAAUGUGUGAUAACGCCCUCAAUUUCGUGGGGGCCAGACGAGAGUUGGACGUACUACGUCAGCUUUUUUUGAAUCAACAGUUCCAGGAAUCAGCGGUUCGUGAAGCAGCUCAAGAUGGCAUAGACUUCCGGUUUAUUCCUCCUCGAUCACCUAACUUCGGAGGACUUUGGGAAGCAGCGGUGAAGUCUUUCAAAACGCAUUUCAAAAGAUCCAUCGGUGUUCGAGUUUUACAGCAUGAUGAAAUGCAGACAGUUGUGGUUCAGAUAGAAUCUGUGCUAAAUUCCCGUCCGUUGACUCCAAUUAGUAAUGAUCCCAACGAUUAUGAAGCGCUAACCCCGGGACAUUUCCUUGUCCAGAGACCUCUGUCAGCUAUACCGGAACCGUGUCUCCUAGAAAUACCAGAGAACAGACUCUCUAUGUGGCAACGGGCGCAAUCAUUUGUGCAGCAAUUGUGGAAAAAAUGGUCUGUGCAAUACCUUUCCGAUCUCCACAAUCGCACCAAAUGGACCCGUCAACGCAACAAUAUAUCGACGGGUACCAUGGUCCUGAUGAAAGAGGACAAACUUCCACCAUUAAAGUGGAGCCUUGGACGCGUGGUGAAUACUCACCAAGGACCCGAUGGCAACAUUCGGGUUGUUACAGUACGAACAAAAGAUGGCGAAUAUAAGAGAGCGAUAUCGAAGAUAUGUGUUCUUCCGAUCCAGGAUAACCAUGAUGUAUCGACGCAGUAA